GCAGCAAAGCGUGCCCUGGGCCAUAUUGAAGAUAUUCAAAUGGUCGAGGAGAGAGAGGUGAAGAUGAUCGCUUCGAUAUCGGCGGAUGUAUGCAAAAAUAAAGGGCUGGUAGAGCUGAAUCCGUUGGAUGUGUAG